AUGGGCGACGAUGACUUUUGGGGUAACGGAGACAGUCUCGACGAGAAACCCGCGCCGAAGAGUGAUGAAGAUGGUAAAAUCGAGGAGGAAGAAGACGACGACGAAGAGGAGUAUGAAGAGGCUGAUGAGAAUAUUCGCGAUAAUGAUGGAGGCGACAAGAUUCGACGAAACGAGGACGCGGAAAAGGAUAAACUCGCAGAAUCGCUGAAAAACGAAAUUAUGAAUGAGGAUGGAAAAAUUGAUGAGGAUUUCAAGAAGAAUUCAGCUGAAGAAUUUCAUUCUUGCGAUGAAAAUGUUGAUGGUAAUCCUUGCAAUAAUCGGAAUCAGACAAAUGGAAACUAUUUGUACGCGUUUGGACGUCAUCACAAAUUCGACGACAACUCGGCGGAGGCGGCCUCGAAAUUGCGGGUAGGCGAUCGUUAUUCGAUCACAUCGUUUAUCACAUUUCAUUCAAAGACGAGCUCGGAAUCAUCGCAGGAUUCGGGUAAAGACGGCUCGUUCGCGUCGCGCUUCAACAAAACUGACAAGUGUUCGGAUGAUGGGAAAUCGACGCAAAAAGAUUCGGGCGCCGCGUCGAUCGAAUCGUCGGAUGGUUGCGACGCUGGAUAUCGCAAGUUCUUUCAGAAUCGAUCGGAAAGCGAGAUCCGAGCAUUCGUUGAAGGCACUGUUGAUGUGCUCGACGAAAAAUUCUUCGAAUGCUACGAGCAAGCUCGCCGAGAGCUCGAGCAAGUCCCCAUCACCAAUGUGGUGCAUCAAUUGCGUCGAUCAAUUCCCGCCGUUGAUGAGCAGCGAAUAAGGAGCAAACAUGCUGUAGUGGUGUCCAACUUCCGCGAGCCUGACCGCCGUCUCGGACGAUAUUCCAAAUAUUACUAUCAUCACAAUGUCGGACCCGAAGUGUACAGUCGCAAAGUGUUUGUUGGAGGUUUGCCAGCAUGUGUCACAGAGUGCAAGAUUCUCACAUUCUUCUCACGCUUCGGCCGUCUUCAAGUCGACUGGCCAAGCAAACACUGCUCAUCGAAAUCGGAUUCGGAUCCGAUGAUGCAUCACAACUCUGAGCCUCCGCAAAAACCGGGCCUUUCGCAUCUUGCCUCUCUCUCGCCACCAUUCGGUCAAAUCAAUCCGUUCAUAACUCCAUCGACUGCCAUGGACAGCGUCAGUCAGAACAAUCAAUGGGAGUACAUGAAUCAUCAACGCGAACGUCCACGCCAACAGCAUCUUGGCUAUGUGUUUUUGUUGUUCGAAAAAGAGCGAUCAGUUCGCGAAUUGGUCGCCGAAUGCAUUGAGGAGGAAGAAGGCCUGUUCAUGACGUUGGAGGAUUGCUCAAGUCAAGAUAGUGUGAGAGUCCAAAUUCGUCCGUGGCUUCUUGCCGACGCCGAAUUCCUAAUGGAUUUCAACGUUCCGAUCAAUACCAAAUUGGUAGCGUUCAUCGGCGGUGUUCCAAGACCUCUGAAAGCCGUCGAACUAGCACACUUCUUCGAGCAGACUUACGGACAUGUCGUUUGCGUCGGCAUCGACAUUGACAACAAAUUCAAAUAUCCGCGAGGGUCGGGACGCGUCGCUUUCUCGAAUUAUGAGGCCUAUGUGCAAGCGAUCACCGAUCGCUACAUUGUUCUGGAUCACGAGGAUAUCCACAAACGGGUUGAGAUCAAACCCUACUUUUUCCACAAUCAAUCGUGCGAGGAGUGCAGUGGACGAUACCAUCGACAACAUGCUCCAUAUUUCUGCCCGUCGCUUGAAUGUUUCCAGUACUAUUGUGAGCCGUGUUGGCACAAAAUGCACGCCCAUUCGAGCCGAUUCCAUCACAUGCCGGUUAUUAAAGGCGUUUGA